GAAAAGAAGUAGUAACAUUAGUUCGGACGACGACGGCGACGGCGAGAUGAAGUCCUUAUUGAGAGACGGCGUCCGAGACGACGCGAACGGAGGGGGCGCGUGGGAAGCAGUCUCGGACGACGACGACGACGACGACGCGGGCGUCGGACCACUCGGGGGCGGUCGGCUCGUCUCGCUGACGGAGCGCAGCGACGAGGGCAGCAGAGUCGACAGCGAGACGACGUCCACGCGCGGGGCGGCAUCGGACGCGGAGCGCACUGAGAGGGAGCGGGAAGACGCUCGAGCGCACCGCGGCGGCGGCGGAGGAGGGGCGAAUUCGAGUCGCGUGGAUGAGAACGGCCCUGAAUUCUGGGCGGACGACGACGGCGAACGACGCGAAGGCCUCGGAGACGAACCCCCGCACGGGUUCGCGCGGUACGGCGGGCCGUCCGUCGGCUCGUCCGCGACGACGUCCCCGGCGAUGCGACGCCGCCGCGACCGCGACCGCGACCGCGACCGCGACGACGUCGGCGCCGCGAAUUCGCGGCGGUACCCGCCGUCGUCGUAUCAGCGCGGCGACGGCUACGGUCGAUCAAAGUUUGGGUCGUACUCUGCGGCGGCGUCGCCGGCGACGUCGAGGGCGAACUCGCGCGGGCACGGCGAUCACGCGCGCGGGCGCUACGCGCGAGGAGGAGGAGGAGGAGGAGGAGGGCGCGAUCGCGGCGGCGGCGGCGGCGGGAUCCGUCGCGGCGGCCCGCCGGCGGCGGCGUCGUCGUCGUUCCCUUCCAACCCGAGCCCGCCGCGUCGUCGGUUCGAAUCCGCGCCGCCGUCGCCUUCCAUGGGCGCGACCAGGGCGAAGGAGUUUGGCGUCCGACGACGCGGCCCGAAGGGUCAGCAGGGUCAAGGCGACGACGACGAAGCGGAAGCGGAAGCGGAAGCGUCGCGCCGGGAGCGAGAGUACGAGCGACUGCGUCGAUGGAAGCGCGAGCGCGACGAAGCCGCGGACCCAGACCCGUCGUUGCAGAAAGGGUUGGGGUUCGCCGUGGACGCGCUCUCCGUCCUCACCGCCGCGUUACACUUUACGGCCGCGUUCGUGCUCUUCAUCGUCCUCGUGCUCAUGGUGCGCGCGAACGCGUCUGCGCUCGCGAACCUGACGCUGCGCGUGGACCGCGUCGCCCUGCGCAUGCUCAGACGCGAGAGCGGCGAGCCGAUGGACGUGAGCGACCUCGCCGCGAGCGACGUGCUGAGACGAGCCGCGUUCGAGUGAUGAUGAUAGCGUUUACAGUGCGACGAUCGUUGAAUACAGUUACUAUCGUAGUU